AUGGUCACUGAUGUCCUUCACCCUGGGGACACAGCAGUGCCUGAGACAGAAAGUCAGGAAAAACUAGCUAAAAUGUACAAAACCACACCAGAUGUCAUCUUGGUAUUUGGAUUAAGAACCCAUUUUGCGGUGACAAGACAGCUGAUUUACAAUUCCUUAGAUUACACCCCCAAAAAUGAACCCGGACACAGACUUGCAAGAUGCGGCCUGUAUGAAAAGAAGCAUAUCUCAAGAAAACAGCCAAAAGAAUGCAGGCGCAGAACGAAGUCGGGGGAAUGUAAGGCCAAUGGUGACACAGCAAAAAGCAAGGUGGAGACUGGACAACAGGUGGAGCAGAUUCAGCAGACGGAGGGACUUUAUCUGCAGUGGCUGAAGAUUUUUUUCAGGAGAGGGCCGAUAAACUAA